GCUGCUUGUGGGCAGGAAGUAGCGGCUCUGGCACUGCAGGGGUUAAGCCUCCGCACAUCACAGACACUCACAACUUUUUAGUUUAAUACACAUUUCCGCGUUGCCUCCAUUUCCUUUCUUCUCCUACAGACUGCUAAACUAUCCUUUUCUGCCCCCCCUCCCCCGACAAGAAUGGAUGAGCCCGAUCAAACGAGCGAGACUCGCACUCCUGCCCUGAGGAGCGCAUUGAUCCCGGGAAGGGAGUUCCUGAGCUCGCGCAAGGGACAGCUGUUGCUGGCUGAAUGGGUUGUUUCUUUUCUCACCUUCAUCUGUUAUGCCGCAUCAACUGCAGUUGGUCUCAUGACUGUUCCACUCAUAGAAUUCCUUUGGGCUCUCUUUACAUUCUACGCCUAUUCUUUAAAAUACAAUGAACAGCUAAAGGGAAUACUUUGGCCUCUUUUGGAUUUUAUUCGUUGUGUGUCAGCUGCCAUCAUUUAUUUUGUGGUGUCUCUUGUGGCCGUGUCAAAAUACAAAUGUGGGGCAUCCAAAGCUGCUGCGGUAUUUGGGUUUAUUGCCACUAUUAUAUUUGCAAUUGAUUUCUACAUGAUCUUCAAUGAGUUGACCAAGUUUCUUAAAAAAGGAGAUUCUGCUGAGGAUCCAGAAAGACAGAAAUCAGAGGAUGAAGAAUCAGAUUCUGAUUCAGACUGACUGAGAGCAGUUUAACAGUGCAACAGAUAACACAGGAGGAUCUGCAGAGCAGUUUCUUUGGAAAGGAUUAUUCCAAAACCUGAAAUAUAUCUGCCUUCUGGAAUGUGAUUGAUCAAGGAGGAUGUCUUGUGAGCGGACAUUAACCCUUUUUCAUCUACAACAAAAUGCACUGCUUAUAACAUGGAUCACUUUAAGGAGGCUACAGACUGCAGCAUGCAAAGUGGGAAUACUUUUUUUUUUUUAAUUGGCAGAAAUGCAGAGAGUGUUGGUAGAACCCUAUGAAUGGAAGUGCUAAUGGCAUCCUACUUUUAAAAUGAUUUUACAAUUUUGGUUGUAAGAGCUGAGCAUGGACCUGAUAUGCCUUGGCCCCUAUAAGUAGGAAGCUUACUUUUCAGUAUUGCGCAUUAACUUUUUACUGUGAGAUACAAUAAAGCCUUGGUUCAUACAA